CGCUGCCAAACAGGCCCCCCUCCCCCUUUCGUCAGUGUCCCAUGCACCAUGGCCAGCACACACAUCCUGUCUUUGUGGGUCAGGAAUGCCAGGAAUCCAGACUUCUGCCCUAAUCCUCCCACCCCUCCUUCCCCUACAAGGUGUUCUCUCUCAAACAUUCCCAGAAUCCUGGUGGUUUCAGCCCAGUGGCCUGGGUGUCUGGGUGUGGCUCAGGUCUCUCUCUCUCUCCACAGUGCUCAUCCAUCCCCACAUCAGUGGCAGGCAGGUAGCAACACCUGCUCUCCGUGGUUUCCCCUGCUCCCACUGAUCUUAACACACACAGAUUCCUGCUGCCUCAACUCACAACAUAGCCAUGGCGGUUUUUAUCUUUGGUUUUUCAUUUUGGUUCAUUCCUCGCAAUUGUUGGAUUUCUGAAGUGGUUUUGGUAUUCAAAGAAAUACACGUUAUUCUAAACCGUUAUUAUUUAUAUCCUAUUUGAUGCUUUUUAGGAUUUGCCUUCGUAGAUGAAGCUGUGUUGUCGUUGUGGUUUUGUGAAGGUGAACUGGGUUAAGUGAGGACAGGUCUGACAAAUAGAGCAAAGAUCCACAGAAAUGGUUCCUAUUUAUGUUCUUUGCCUUCUCCUGUGGUGUGAGAGACUAUAUUCCCACUCACUCCUUUCUCCCGCUUUGCAGGUUUUCAGUUGCCUCAUCAAAUGUGCUAAAUUAUGUUUCCUGUGUUUCAUAACAGAGAGAGCCAAGGCCUAACGCAGGGCCUUCCUGCCCUCGAGCAAAACACUUUAUAUUACUCUGGGAUGACAAUGGCAAUGUUUAGUUUUUCCUACCGAACAUGGGAACCUGUAGAAGAUACUUUUUUUUGUCCUGGAAUGUGGCCAUUAGGAAAGAGAUGGAGGGAACACAGGAUACGUGUCCUGGCCUGGGCAGUGUGUUCCAGUGGGGUUUCUGGGGCCAGCCCGGCCAGGUAAUAGAAUGUUUGAAGAGUUGUACGCACAGAUUUUCUCAGCUAUCUGCAUAACCACUUCCCCUAUUAAAGUGGAUUCUACGCCAGAGCGGGAUUCCCCACUAAUUUUUCCCAUGACACCUGCACUUGUUUUUCUGUUUCCAGUAUCGGUCUUAGCUUAGGUGAUCCUCAUUGUCAAACACUGCUCAUAUGCAGGAAUAGUCCCAAAAGUGCAAACCACACCCAUCUGGCACUUCAGGCAGGCUUAAUCAAAUGCUCAACCUAUUUGAAAGAAAUCAAAUACUAUUUGAAGUUACUCCACACUUAGCUUUGCAUAUUGUGAAUUUACCAGCAAUUAGCUAUUCUUGUAGUUUAUCAAUAGCAUUAGGGACAUAUAAGUAAUACGAUGUCAGUGCACUGAAGUGCCUACAGUACUGUGUUCAUAAUAUAACCAUGCUUUCUCAUUUCUCAUAGCAAUGUAGCAAAGGUGCAAUUUCUUUCUCUCCUACUCCACUCACUGAAUCCCCCUCCAUACACUUUCCCUUACUCCUUAAGAGGAGAGCUGAUGUCACAGGGAGGGGGCGGUCUGCCUGUGUCUAUAAGUACAGGCACCACAGAGGGAAUCUCUAUAUGAAGGGAAGCUAACCCUAGCUGAGCUGUGCUGACACUGUAGGAGAGCAAACACCAAACUAAUGUAGCUUUUAGUGCGCUCGCACAGAACUAUGCAUCGGUUCAGAUGAAUGAAUAGGUAAGCUGACAGAUCAACAGACUUCUCUCCUCUCUGGACUCACGUGCAGGUUCUGGACAGUAUAUCGUCACAGCCACCAGGUUUCUAUUCUCCAUCUAACGACAUCUGAUUGUAAUUUUGGGAAGUACGCUUUCAGGAUGUUUUCUCUGGUUAGUUUGCGAAGGACUGUUUCUACCCUGUUCGUUCUCCUCUCCAGUGCUGCUGUCAUGGUGGAGAGUGACUGUCCUGCCCAGUGCUCAUGUGGCCCAUCACCCCCAUUGUGCCCAGUGGGCGUUAGCUGGGUGACAGACGCUUGUGGCUGCUGUAAGGUGUGUGCCAGGCAGUUCAACCAGGACUGCAGCCCCAGCCAGCCCUGUGACCACAUCAAGGGUCUGCACUGCCACCUGGGGGCUGGGGGAGACCCAGAGAGAGGCCUGUGCCGAGCGGAGGCCAAGGGCCGGUCCUGCGAAUUCAGCGGGCGUGUUUACCAGCAUGGAGAGGACUUCCAGCCCAGCUGCCAGCACCAGUGCAGCUGCAUGGACGGGGUGGUGGGCUGCAUGCCACUCUGCCCCCACCAGGUGUCCCUGCCCGACUGGCGCUGCUCCCGGCCAAGGCUGGCACGGCCCUUGGGCCGCUGCUGUGCGGAGUGGGUCUGUGACGACAACAACCACAUCAGUGAGGACCCAGAGGAACCUCCACAGGCAGCCCUGCAAAACCCAAAAACCCUCCCAAACCACAUCAACAAUCAGCUCCAGGAACAGCCCCACUAUCAGGCCAGCACUGGAGUCACCUUUAGAGAAGUGGUGCCCCUCCUCAGGUCCCAGGUGUCGCUAAGCGCCAGAUGCUUCCCGCAGACCACUGAUUGGACGGAAUGUUCCACUACCUGUGGGAUGGGCAUCUCCAGUCGGGUGACCAAUAACAACGCAGACUGCCGGCUUGUCAGAGAGACACGACUGUGUCAAGUCCGCCAAUGUGACCUGCGACUUACCCCAGCAAUCAAGAGGGGAAAGAAGUGCCAGCGUUCAGUGCGCCCUCAGGAGCCAAUCAGCAUCAACUUUGCUGGCUGCUACACAGCACGGCACUAUCGACCUCGCAGCUGCGGCUCCUGUGCGGACAGACGAUGCUGCACCCCUUCACUGACCCGCACCGUCCGCCUGCGCUUCCACUGUCCCGACGGAGAGGGCUUCACACGCAACGUCAUGUGGAUCCAGCGCUGCAGCUGCAAGAAGAGCUGCAACGAUCACGGCUCCCCCUCAAGGCCCUCUGUCAGCCUACACAAUGACAUCCACACCUUCAGGCACUGAGUCAGGAUUAGGAGGAUGCCCAACCCUAGCCUCGACACACUGGAUAGGGCUAGGGCAUGCUAGUCUCUCCCCAUCUUCCAUACGCCCUCUGCCCACGGAUAGCCCUGCCUUUCAGCCCCUUCCUGGACACCAGUGUGGCUGGCAGCCUCUCUCCGCCUGCACCAGCGCCAGACUAUGGGAGAGAGAGAGCUAGGUGGCCGCUCCCCCCAACCAUGCAGAACCAUUGCUUGCACUUUAAGCUUCCUGACACGUUGCCUCCAGUUAUCCAACAUGAGAGAUGGGUAGCUAUUUGGUGCAACUCUCUGCGGCUAGGUCCAGUCCCCCUUCCCUGCUGAUGACCCAGCCACGGAACUGUUCCGGUGGAGGAAGGGACAGCACUGAGCACAACAGACUAGAUGGCCUGAUGUCACUUUCUUGAUGUCAUGUUGGACUUGUGGGUGAAAUAUGUAAAUGAAUCCUCUGCUUUUCACCCUUUUAUUAUUAAUUAUUUUUAUUUGUUAACAUUGUCAAGUCCCUCUAUAACCACAGUGGGGGGAAAAGAAAGGAACUUGUAUGCAUGUAUAUGAGGGACAUAUUACUUUUUGUCAUAAUGUGUAAAGAUGUGAUGAGCGAUGACCAUAGGCAAUCCCAUACAUUAAUGUAUGAUGAAGUGUUUUGUCUGAUACAUUGAUGGUCGAAUGAGGACAGGACGUCAUCAAUGAUUGUACCUGUAUGUUACAUGUUGUAAAGUGUUUGUGUGUGUGUGUGAGAGAAUGAAAGGGUGAGAAAACAGAGUGUUUACAUGUGUGUGUGUUUGUACACUAUACUCUGUAAUAUGACAGACUUCACUCUUUGUUGAGUGGCAAUUUAUACAGAUCACCUCAUUUUCCGGGGUGUGUUUUUAUUGCCUCAUAGUAUGGAGACUUUCUUAUACUGGAGGGAAGAUUUUAUUAUAUAUAUAUAUUUAAGAUUUAUAUAUUGUUUGAAUUCUUAUCAAUAAUUCUCUGAUACAUCAAAUAAAACCUUCAACACGU